AUGGCUGCACUUACCGUUGACGAAAAGUUUAAUCUCAUUAGCCGCAACUUGCAGGAAGUUCUUGGCGAGGAGCGGUUAAAGGAGAUUUUAAAGGAGCGUGAUGUCAAAAUAUACUGGGGAACGGCAACAACCGGCAAGCCGCAUGUUGCCUACUUUGUGCCUAUGUGCAAAAUUUCCGAUUUCCUCAAAGCCGGCUGUGAAGUGACGAUACUUUUCGCUGAUCUGCAUGCUUACCUUGAUAAUAUGAAAGCACCCUGGGAUUUGCUAAAGUUCCGCACCGAAUACUACGAGAAUCUGAUCAAAACUGUUCUCAAGUCAAUCAAUGUCCCAAUUGAGAAGCUCAAAUUCGUCCGAGGCACAGACUACCAGCUGAGCAAAGACUUUACUCUGGACGUUUACCGUCUAUCAUCCAUGCUAACGGAGCACGACGCAAAAAAAGCUGGCGCCGAAGUGGUCAAACAAGUCCAGCAUCCGAUGAUCAGCUCGCUACUCUACCCCGGUUUGCAAGCACUUGAUGAAGAGUAUCUGAAAGUUGAUGCACAGUUCGGUGGAAUUGAUCAACGCAAAAUUUUCAUUUUUGCUGAAAAGUAUUUGCCCAUGCUUGGCUUCAGCAAGCGAAGUCAUCUAAUGAACCCUAUGGUUCCUGGUCUAUCUGGAGGAAAAAUGAGCUCUUCGGAGGAAACCUCUAAAAUUGAUCUUCUCGACACACCUCAAGACGUAAAGCGAAAGAUGAAGAAGGCUUUUUGUGAGCCUGGAAACAUCGAGGAAAACGGCAUUCUGGCCUUCUCCAAGCAUGUUCUCUUUUCGCUGAAUGAUGAAAUCAUUGUUUCGCGAAAGCCUGAAUAUGGCGGCGACAUUGUCUAUACAGUGUACGAAGACCUUGAACAGGAUUUUGUAGAGCAGAAAUUACAUCCAGGCGAUUUGAAAGGCACUGUUGAGAAGUAUUUAAAUCAACUACUCGAGCCAAUCAGAGAAACUUUCAAGGAUCCAGCAUUGCAGGAACUCUCAGAAAAAGCCUACCCUCCUAUUAAAAAGAAGUCUUUUUCUUUUAGAGCUGGACUAGCUUUCUUUUACACGAUUUUCACGUUCUUUCUGAUGGGUUCGUCCAAGAAAAAAGACAAGGAGAAGGACAAAGACAAGGACAAGGACAAGGACAAAAACAAGGACAAGGAUAAAGAAAAGGACAAGGACAAGGGCUCGAAAAAAGACAAAGGUGGAAGUACUAAGGGCACUGGAAGCAACAAAGGAUCGUCAAAGACGACAACGACUACCAGCAAAGAUAAAGAUAAAGACAAAGACAAAACUGGAAGCAAAACUUCAACAUCAUCAAAGACUAAAGACAAGGACAAAGAAUCGAAGAAAAAGAAAGAUGAAACAAAGGUUAAGUUUGCAGCAAAUGCAGAGUCGAUUUCCGGUGCUGCUCCAGAUGUGGUCACCAAGAAUCAGGAACAAAUUGACAUGAUUAUCAAGUUGCUGGAAGGCGUAACCACUGACUUUGUGACACGUCACAUCAAAGAUGAUUUGGACCGCAUCCAAACGAUGAUAAGAAAUAUUACCCAUCGUGAAGCAGGUGAAGACUCAAAGGUGAUCAAAGUGCACUUUACUGAAUCACAGAAGGCAGUAAUUAAGCUGGUCUGCGGUCAGCAAGAGUCUGCAGAUAAACCUGGCUAUAUACCGAAACUGACCUACCCUUAUGUGAAACUUAAAUUGGUUCCCACCCGAAUAACGUCUACGAAGAAGCCCAAGAAGAAGUGA